AUGAGGACCAUUUACGAGGUCCUUUUCCUAUGGGGAUACCGAGAAGCCAUCCUGGAAAUGUAUCCCCAGAUGCUCAUCCUCUGUGUCAGGCAAGUGCAGUAUGUGAUGGACCUGCACUUGCCAGGGACCUACAUGGCCAGCACGACAUCCAGCCCCGAGGAGGGAUCCAGCUGCCUCAACACCCUAAGCACGUUGGUGGAGGCUUUUCUCCAGAGCCCUUCCAUUGAGACAGUACUGACAAAAUCAGAGCUCCAGGCGCAGCUCAUGGAAUGGACCCAAGAUAAAAAUCCCAUUGUACGUCAGCUCAGUCUGCGAGGCCUUGGCAGUAUUGUGCUCCAGCCAGAAAAGGUGCAAUUGUUACGGGCCCAGCUGCCAGCAAUCAUGGACAUGUUCUGUGACAGGGAUGGAGGGCGUGUCAUGGGUGCCAUGCAUCAAGCUGGAGACAUCAUCUACCUCCUGGAUGGGGAGGGGCUUGGCUCCAUCUCCCAGGACACUGCAGUCAGCCUUCGCCCCUUCAUUGAUGAUGAGAGGGGCAGUGUGCGCUCCGCUGCCAUUUUACUGCUUGGCAACGUGGUGAGCAGCGUGAAGGACCCGGACAAACCCAUCGUGCAGCAGGAAAUGAUCCACUGCUUGCUCCCGCUGCUGCUGCACCUUGAAGACCGGGAUGAGAGUGUGACACUGAGAUGCAAACUGACGCUCUUCCGCUGCGCAGUUUUUCUCAGGUGGGCUCAUUUGAAGACGCUGUUCUGCAGCAUGGCCUGGGAUGGCUCCACACAGCUCAUGAAGUGUGCCUGGAAGUGCUUGAUGCAGAACAACAAGAGCCACAUCCCCAAAUUCCUGUUCCAGGCCUUAGAGUACCUGGAAAGCUCACAGACAACAAUCAGACAUUCUGCAGCCCUGUUCAUUGGAAAUACUAUCCACCAUUACUGUGACUUGUUGUCUGAAACAGUGAAUGAAGAUGGCAUCUCCCACCUGUAUGAAGCUUUUCAGGAAGUGCCUUUGAUAUCUGACAGGACCACAGGGCACAUCCUCAAUAGAUAUUACAAAUGGCUGCAGAAGCUUGGAAAUCUCGUAUCGGGUUCUGCAUUUGACUAGGGAACCGGGACCGACACAGAAGACCUCUUUGUCCUGCUAUGACAUCUAGAGGCUAACAGGAGCCAACUGAGCCCACCACUGAUCACAUCUCUUGGGAGACGGCAAAGCAGCCGUUGCAUGGGAAGAAGGAGAGAGAAGAGGCAGAGUAGGAUGUGCCGGGGUACACCAGUCACACAUAACCUCACAGUCUAGGCGGCAGAAGCCAAGCCCCUCCCCAGCCCUGCCGGACAUGCUACAACUGGAGCACCAGUGUGAAAGGGAGCAGCUCAGCUCAGUCUAGGCAGAUGCCAAAAAUGGAGGAUGCACACUGUAGGCUCCAGUCCAGAAGCAGCUGAAGCCCCUGCCUGC